AUGCCCCAGAACGUGGUCCUGCCUGGCCCCGCGCCCUGGGGCUUCCGGCUCUCAGGGGGCAUCGACUUCAACCAGCCUCUGCUCAUCACCAGGAUCACUCCCGGGAGCAAGGCGGCAGCCGCCAACCUGUGUCCUGGGGAUGUCAUCCUGGCCAUUGACGGCUUCGGCACGGAGUCCAUGACUCACGCGGACGCACAGGACAGGAUCAAAGCGGCGGCACACCAGCUGUGUCUCAAGAUUGACAGGGCGGAAACUCGCUUAUGGUCGCCACAGGUAACUGAAGAUGGGAGGGCUCAUCCUUUCAAAAUCAACUUAGAAUCGGAACCACAGGAUGUGAACUACUUUGAACACAAGCACAAUAUUCGGCCCAAACCUUUCAUAAUCCCAGGCCGAAGCAGUGGAUGCAGCACUCCGUCCGGUAUUGACGGUAGCAGUGGACGUAGCACCCCUUCCUCCAUCAGCACUGUUAGCACUAUUUGCCCCGGCGACUUGAAAGUUGCUGCUAAGAUGGCCCCUAACAUUCCUUUGGAAAUGGAGCUUCCCGGUGUGAAGAUUGUACAUGCUCAGUUUAAUACUCCCAUGCAGUUGUACUCAGAUGACAAUAUUAUGGAAACACUGCAGGGUCAGGUUUCCACAGCGCUAGGGGAAGCACCCGCCAUGAGUGAACCCACAGCCUCGGUGCCCCCCCAGUCGGACGUGUACCGGAUGCUCCAUGACAAUCGGGAGGAGCCCUCCCAGCCCCGCCAGUCGGGCUCCUUCCGGGUGCUCCAGGAGCUCGUGAAUGACGAGGACCGGCCCUCGGGCACCCGCAGCGUGAGGGCGCCCGUCACCAAAGCCCCGGGCGCGGGCGGCGUGCAGAGGAUGCCGCAGUGUGACAAGUGCGGGAGCGGCAUCGUCGGGGCCGUGGUGAAGGCGCGGGACAAGUACCGCCACCCCGAGUGCUUCGUGUGCGCCGACUGCAGCCUCAACCUCAAGCAGAAGGGCUACUUCUUCGUGGAGGGCGAGCUGUACUGCGAGGCCCACGCCCGCGCCCGCACGCGGCCCCCCGAGGGCUACGACACAGUCACGCUGUACCCCAAGGCCUAA